UCCUGACGUGCUACGUAACUGGUAUCUCGUCUAUAUAGAUUUGCGCUAUUCAGUGCCAACUACCCACAAUGCCCAUGUUUAGAGGCGUGAAGUUAUUUAACAGGCGGAACUGGACGUUGUAACUCGUAUUUGUUCUGUUCUGUUGUGAGAAUGGCAUCCACUCCUCCGAACAAUUUCUCCUGGGUGGACCCGGGAAAAGUGGCCGGACUGGCCCUUCCCCGGAUGGCGGCGGAGUACCAGUACCUGCUGGACCACGGCAUCCAACACCUCGUGUGUCUGUGCGAGCGCAAGCCGCCCAAUUACGACACGUGUCCUAAAUUGCGCCUGCAUCACAUCAAGAUAACCGACUUCACGCCGCCCUCGCCGGCGCAGAUCGAUAAGUUCCUCGACAUCGUGAAGGAGGCCAACACCAAAGGAGAGGGCGUGGCUGUCCACUGCAUGCACGGCCACGGAAGAACGGGCACCAUGCUGGCCUGUUACCUGGUCAAGACGAGGAAAAUGUCCGGCAUCGACGCCAUCAACGAGAUCCGCCGACUGCGCUCGGGCUCCAUCGAAACCCAGGACCAAGAAAAGGCAGUGGUACAGUUUUAUCAACGCAUUAAAUAGAUAGAGGGAAGUACAGCUGUUCACAAGACAAAGUAAUUGACCCCACCAAAAAAAAGAUUUAUAAUUGCCUACAGGUGCCACAAUUUUGUCUAAAUCACACUUGUCAAACUCAAGGCCCGGGGGGCAGAUCUGGCCCACCGCAUCAUUUUAUGUGGCCCGCUCAAGCAAAUCAUGGGCAUCAUCUUCCACGAUUCUUGCUAAAAUCUGUACCAAAAUUUGAAAUUGUCAUAUUUAAUCAAUGGUAACAUUGGAUUAUUGAAAGCAUUUUUUUGGUUACCAAUCACCAAUAAUUGAACAACUAUUAUCCUUGACUUCUGAUUCCAAAAACUAGUUAUCAAUCAAUUUGUUGUCUAUAAUUAUGAAAUAAUGUGAUGAGGCAAUUAAACACUUGUAUGGUUUCACAGUCAUAACGGCCCUCUGAGGGAAACCGUAAUGACAAUGUGGCACAUGACAAAAAUUGGUUUGACACCCUUGGUCUAAAUCAUAUAUGUCUAACUCAGGCCCGGGGGCCAAAUUUGGCCCACGAUGUAAUUAUAUUUGGCCCGCAAGACCAUAUCAAAUGUAUAUUAGAGCUGGCCCGCCAGUAUAUAGCACAUGCGCCACUAAUAUUACAAAUCCCAGAAUGCUUUGCUAGUGUGUUGACCAUCAGUCUCGACUGGCGAGCGCCCCUUCCCUUUCUGUCGCUGUCGUUAGCAACUAUGCUACCAGUCUCCUCGGGCAAAUUUACACUUCCCUUUCCCAAAAAUGGCCAAACGAAAGAUGGAAAACAGUUAACUUCCAAGACAGGUGGGUGGCAGAUUAUCUGUUGACUAAAGUAAAAGACAGAGCUGUUUGCCGUGUGCGAAGCAAAGUGGCUGUAACAAAGAAUAUAACAUCAUUGAAUUCAUAUUUUUAAUGCCCUUUAUCGACUCCUAGGCGGGGACUGUUAAUAGUUUGAAGUUUGCCUUUUUAUUGAAGGACAUUUUGAUUUUUUUGGGCUUGUUUUGUUGUUGGCCUUUGAAAAAAGAUUUACAUCAAAAAGAAAGGUCGUUGGAGAUAGAUAAAUAGAAGCUAGAGAGACAGAAGAAUUCAUGUUAUCAAUUUAAAUACAAAACAACAAACAAAUGCCACUGAUGUCUUUGAUUGCAAAUUUGAUUUCUCAUGUGUUUAUGAUAUUAAAUUUGAUUUAUUCCAGAUUCA